AUGUCCAACAACUGGAACAAUUCCGGAGAGUAUAAGAAUCGUUUCGAUAGCGGAGGUGAAGACAAUGACGAUGGUCGUCGUUAUGGCAGUGGUGGUGGCCGCGGCAUGUCUCAUUCACGCUCAUUUGCUUAUGAACGCCGUGGCGGACGCGAUGAAGGCCGCUUUGGCUAUCGUGAUGGACCUAGAUUUGGUCGUGGGCGUGGCGGACGUGGUCGUCACGAUCGUUCUCCUUCUCCACCAACAAGAACUGCUGAAUGCGUCCCAGUUAAACUCAACCAAGACUUUACUCCAUCAUCAACAAAGGACGAACAAGUUCAAUUUCUCAAAUCUAACGCAAUUAAGUUACUCGCUUCUGAUGUUCCUUCUCCAGCUUUAACUUUCGAAGAACUUAAUCUUCCAGACACAAUUACAAAGACAAUUACAGACAACAAGUGGGAAAAGCCAACCCCAAUUCAAUCUGUCUCAAUUCCUGUCGCAUUAAAAGGACAUGAUCUUAUUGGUAUUGCUAAGACAGGUUCCGGCAAGACAGCAGCUUUCCUCAUCCCUGCCAUGGUCCACAUUGGUCUCCAGGAGCCAAUGUACCGUGGAGAUGGUCCAAUUGUUCUUGUUCUCUCUCCAACAAGAGAACUUGCUCAACAGAUUGCAGAAGUUGCCAAGGGAUUCUGCGACAACCUCAUGAUCAGACAGACAUGUCUUUUCGGAGGUGCUGGACGUGGUCCACAGGCAAAUGACCUUCGUCACCUUCCUUCUCUCGUUGUUGCUACGCCAGGUCGUUUAAUCGACUUCAUUGAAGGUGGCCAGUGCCCGAUGAACCGUGUAAACUUCCUUGUCCUCGAUGAAGCUGAUCAAAUGCUUGAUAUGGGCUUUGAGCCACAGAUCAGGAAGAUUAUUGGUCAUAUCAGCAAGGACCGUCAGACAAUGAUGUUCUCUGCCACAUGGCCAAAGGAAAUUCAGCAACUCGCCGCUGAUUUCCUUGUAGAUCCAGUUCACAUGAUCAUUGGCAACAAAGAUCUCACGACAAACAGCAACAUCAAGCAGGUCAUUACCAAAUGCGAGGAGUUCGAGAAGCUCUCCAAAUGCUUAGAAGUACUUAAUGAACACAAAGACGACAAAAUCAUCAUUUUCACAAAGACAAAGCGUACUACAGACGAUUUACAAGAGAACCUCAACAUGAAGGGAUUCCAAGCUUACUCCCUUCAUGGCGACAAAGCGCAGAACCAGAGAGAUUUCGUUCUUGGCAAAUUCAGAUCAUGCAAGAAAGGAAUCCUCGUGGCUACAGAUGUCGCUGCAAGAGGUCUCGAUGUUAACGAUAUCGAUAUUGUUAUUAACUACGAUUUCCCAGGUGAUAUCGAAACAUACGUUCACAGAAUUGGCCGUACAGCAAGAGGUAACAAGGAAGGCCUCGCAGUUACUUUCUUUACAGACGAAAACAAGAACAUGUCCAGAAAACUCGCAAAGAUUAUGACACAGGCCAAACAAGAACUUCCUGACUGGCUAAAGGCACUCGCAGACGUUACUCCAAAGGGUGCUUGGAAGGAAGGUUACGGUUCUAGAUUCGCUGGACGCGGUGGCUACGGCCGUGGCGGCUACGGAGGUUAUGGCCGUGGUGGCGGCGGUUACGGUGGUGACCGCGGUGGCUACGGCGGAGACCGUGGAAACUUCGGAGAUAGAAGAGGCGGAUACGGUGGCGGCCAAGGCGGAUACGGAGGCAACCAGGGUGGCUACGGUGGUGGAUAUGGAAACCGUGGCGGAUUCGGUGGUGAUAGAGCUGGAUAUAAUGGACCACGCAACUAUUAA